GCCGCCCGGAAGCGGAAACCAGCCCGCGGCCCGCGCGGGCGGGAGCCGCUAGAGGAAUGACUUCCGUUUGUCGGAAACUGCUCCUCCCAUUUCCUUCGCCUUCCUUCUUUGGGAUUGGUUCCUGACACUCAGGCCCCGCCUCCUCCGCUACGCCCCUCGCGGCCGCUUUUCCCGCCUCCGCCAGGGCCGAGCUGGGAGCCCGGGUGACAGUUGAGGAUGGCUGGUGCUGAGGGGAACGCUGGACGGCAGUCGGAGCUGGAGCCUGUGGUGUCGCUGGUCGACGUACUUGAGGAGGACGAGGAGCUGGAGAACGAGGCGUGCGCCGUCCUGGGCGGCAGCGACUCCGAGAAGUGCUCCUACUCGCAGGGCUCAGUAAAGAGACAGGCACUUUAUGCCUGUAGUACCUGUACUCCAGAGGGAGAAGAACCAGCAGGAAUUUGUCUAGCUUGCAGUUAUGAAUGUCAUGGUAGUCAUAAACUAUUUGAGCUGUACACAAAAAGAAAUUUUCGUUGCGAUUGUGGAAACAGCAAGUUUAAAAAUUUGGAAUGCAAAUUAUUUCCUGACAAAGCAAAGGUAAAUUCUUGUAAUAAGUACAAUGACAACUUUUUUGGAUUAUACUGCAUUUGCAAGAGACCUUAUCCUGAUCCUGAAGAUGAGGUUCCAGAUGAGAUGAUCCAGUGCGUAGUCUGUGAAGACUGGUUUCAUGGAAGGCAUCUUGGUGCCAUUCCUCCUGAGAGUGGGGAUUUCCAAGAGAUGGUGUGCCAGGCUUGUAUGAAACGUUGUUCUUUCCUGUGGGCUUAUGCUGCACAGUUGGCAGUAAGUAAAAUAUCUGCUGAGGAUGAUGGUUUAAUGCUAAAUGUUGAUGGAGUAGGUGAUCAGGAAGUUAUCAAACCUGGAAAUGGAGAUCACCAAGAUAGUACCCUCAAAGAGGAGGUUCUAGAACCUGGAAAGGAUGCUGUCAACGAUCCUAAGGCAGAGCAGAAAAAUGAACCAUGUACCAGCUCUACUUCUGAAUGUGAUCUCCAGACAGUGGUUAAGAAUCAAAGCCUCAACUCAGAAUCACAAUCUGGCUGCAAACUUCAAGAGCUUAAAGCUAAGCAGUUUAUAAAGAGAGAUGCUGCCACCUAUUGGCCUUUGAACUGGCGUAGCAAGUUGUGCACCUGCCAAGAUUGUAUGAAAAUGUAUGGAGAUCUAGAUGUCCUGUUCCUGACAGAUGAAUAUGACACAGUUUUGGCCUAUGAAAACAAAGGCAAGAUUGACCAGGCAACUGAUAGGAGGGACCCUUUAAUGGAUACCCUUAACAGCAUGAACAGAGUCCAGCAAGUGGAACUCAUUUGUGAAUACAAUGACUUGAAGACUGAACUGAAAGAUUACCUGAAGAGAUUUGCUGAUGAAGGCACGGUUGUUAAGAGAGAGGACAUUCAGCAGUUCUUUGAAGAAUUUCAGUCAAAAAAGAGAAGAAGAGUGGAAAGAAUGCAGUAUUAUUGCAGCUAGAGUGGAGUCAGAGCUUUCUCAUUCAGGCCAAUGAAAAUGCCACUUACUGCUCCAGGAAUAAAUGAGGCCUACUUCAUACUUGGUCCCCUUUCCAUCCUCCUCUGUGGAGAGGCCUCCUGCGCCUCAGGCUCCCUUCCUCCUUGACUACGGUAGCCACAAGGGUUAUGCUGACUUCACAGGCAGCAGCCUUCUUUAUGACUUAGCUAAAUACAGCUCAUUCCACAGACUUCAGCUCUCUCGCCCCAGGAUACCCAGGGUUUUCUGCUUAUAAGUUUUAAGAAGUUUGAUUUGGUUUUGAGGAAGCAAUUGGUUUGUUUUUAAAUGAUUUGUUCUUUCACUCCUGAGUUGUGUGCACUUGGCUGCAGAGUUGUUGCCUUCUGGGACCUCCUCUGCAGGCAGCAUGGAAGGUUCUCUUGCUGUCAGCAGAACCUCUCUAGGUCCCUCACCCCAUGAUCGUGGUGCCUUGGGUCAAAGCUUCCUCAAGCAUGGUCUGCCUUUUCUCCCACCUCCCUGUUUUCUGAGGUUGGGUCAUGGCUCGAAAAGCUCUUGGGACUUGUUUACUCUGGGCCCAGCCUCCAGAGCUGCCAGGACUGAUGGUAACUUUUGGCUUGGAUGUCUGUCUCAGGCAGGGAGAUGAAGUGAGGGCAGGGUUGAGGAAGCAAACCUUUGUUACUAAUGUUACUAAUAAAGUGAAAUUUUCCUUCACUAUUCUACUGGCACUCAAAUAUUAGAAUUUCAGUGCUGUAGUGCUCACAGGGCUUCAUGGGGAAAGUCACCAGUACACUGGUCCCUUUUUGCUGCCUAGAAAAUGACCGGGUAUCACCCCUGUGAAAUCUUGGUGGUUUACAAAGUCCUCUGGAUUUCCUUAUAUUAUCAGGGAUAUUCAUAAGCAUAUAUUAAAAUGGACCUAUUUUGAUAUUGUUCUGUUAUUAAAAUGUUAUUAGAACUCUAAUAAGUUAUUUUUCCCCUUGAAUCUGUGCUGAAGACAAGAUAUUGGCUGACUUGCAGUGAGCAGGGUGGUGACUGCCCUGUUUUGGAAGAGACAGACUGUAGAAGACUCCAAACAAGCCCUAGGCUACACGAGUGCUGAGUUUGUGUAUUGAAGCAUAACAUCCACAGCCGCUUUCCCUUGACUGUGGGAUCUUCUUUUGAAGUUCCUCUAGAAUGUUGUAUAAAACCCUUUGUUUGAGGGAAAGGCCUUUCAGUUGGUAAGAACUUUCUUUAUAGCCCUCAGUCCAUACGGAAAACACCUUUUGAUAAAUAUAGAGCCCUCAGUUGCCCCCUCCGGAGGAAUAGUUUUUCCUGACAAUAGAUGACACACUUUGAGGUAUCUUAGCAGGUGUCUUAGACUUUGGGGCCACACUUGUGUGUUAGUAUUCCCUUUGUGCCCAGUGGUUUUAUGCAGGAGUAACCACCAAUCCCUGGAAAAGGUGAACGAGGCCCACAGACAUGAAGGUCUCAGAGAAAUGGUACAACUCAUGUUCUUUGGCAUUGAGCCUCCUAACUACAGAUCCUCAUGAAGACCAGUGUGUGGAGCCGAAGGUCCUAUGACUACAGGCGUUUGCCCUGAGUGGCCUAUUGAAGAGGGCUCAGUAAAAACUCGAGGUGUCUGCAGACAAGUGUUUCAAGUCUGAGGAUGUUUUUAACCCCUUCUGCAAAAUUGCACUAAGUAUCAUCAUAUUCUGAAAGUCUAUAUCUUCCUGAAUAUCUGACUUAACCACCAGAAGUUCCUUAUUCCUAUGACAGUUCAGGACCUUGUCUCAGAGGUGAUGUGUCACUGUGCAGCACAAUAGUACAAACCACCCAGUGCUGAAGGGCUUGUUUUAUGAAAGGUACUGCUCCUUCUUUUAUUAACCAGAGAACCUCUUUUUUUACCUGUUGUUCACAACUAGUUUUCUUAUUGACUGUAUUGGACCGUCUCUUCUUGUAGAGACUGAUUUUGGCCAACAUGUGGCAGUUGAUAUUAAUGCAUGUUUUAUGCAAAACAAAAAUAUGGUAUUAGUUGCAUUUAAGGAAUUCUGGCCUUGUAUGUGCAUUUUUGUAGAAAUUGUUAUUGGACUUAUGAUUACAUACUUAACUUCAAUCAGGUUUCUGUAAAAUUUAAAUAAAACCAAUUCAAAAUA